CUCAAGAAGCAGCGCGAACAAGAACGCACCCACGCCAUUGCCCAAGGCUUCCUGGCCGACCCCGACAAGCCGCGCACUCUGGCCGAAGCCAUUACCCCCGUAGGAACCUGUCCGGACAUGUGUCCAGAGUUUGAACGCCUCGAGCGUGUUGUGCAAAAGGAUGUAUGGGGCCCUGAGCUCGAUGAUGCAGGAGCUGCUUCAGAACCUCGCAUGGUGAAGAAAUUCAGGCGCGCCGCUGCUGGUAUUGAUGAGCAACUGCCAUCAGAUUUACGACCUCCCAGUACUCUCAAAAUGACUGUCGAAUACCUCUUCGACAACAUUGUCGCCAAUGCCGCAUCGUUGGGCAGUGUACAUCACUUCGUCUGGGAUCGAACACGAGCUAUUCGUAACGACUUCUCUAUCCAACAAAUCACAAAACCUGCUGAUGUUGAAAUCGCUAUCGAAUGCUACGAACGUAUCGCCCGCUUUCACAUCUUGUCACUACAUCAACUCGCCGUUCCGGACAAGCCCUACGACAAGUACGAUUGGUAUCAGGAACGCGAACAGCUGGACCGCACCCUGUUGUCUCUGAUGCAAUACUACGACGAUUCGAGAGGACGAGUACAAUGCAAGAACGAGGCAGAGUUCCGAGCAUACCUUAUCAUUUUCCAAGCUCAGGAUCCGACCCCCGAUCUGGACGAGAGAGUGAACACCUGGCCGACCUCUGUCAAAUCCGACAGACGCGUAAGGAUCGCUCUCGAUCUCAACUCGGCAGCUUCAAACAUUGUCGAUCCUCAGGGCCCUCUGAAGCCUCGCGCUGUUUACCCUGUCGCACGAGAGGAUUGGUCUCAAUUCUUUGACUUGGUCCGCUCCAAUAAAGUCUCCUAUCUUAUGGCUUGUGUCUCGGAAAUCUACUUCAAACUCGUGCGGCGGACAGCUUUGAAUGCCAUCUGGCGUGGCUUCAAGGGACAAGUAUUUGAAUUCACUUUAUCUUUAAUGACCCAAAUCCUCGGCUUCGAUGACCUUGAACAAACCGAGACCUUCUGCCAGCAUUUCGGCUUUGUCUUCAAAGAAUCCACUUCCGGGGGCGAGUCGUUUUUGGAUUUGGGCUCG